UCCGUGGUGAUGCAGGAAACACCGGGCCCCACGCGCGGUCGCCUCGCUUCUCGUCCACACUUUCCUGCAAGAUCCCAGCACUUGAUCGCCCUUCACACCAGCCAGCACCAUCGCCCUAAGCAUCGAACUCCUGUCCCGACGCCUCCUUCGGUGUGCAAAGAGCGCGUGCUCGCAGUGACGUCAUGUGUUCUGAGGACGGUCGGCUGCUGAUUAAUCAGCGGCCGAAAAUAGAAUUGGUGCGCGUGUCAAGCUCUGAGAGGGCCAAGAUCCCAGUCAACCCCGUGCAGCUGAGCCUCUCUUACUGCCACGUCAGAUCCUCCAGUUUCCACCAAAUCUUGUGACGAUCUACACCGCGUGAGUGUGAACUGCCAGCCCGUCGCGAGCAGGUCUGAAGGCUGUUUGCUGACGACGCUCUUGCUGACUCCUUCUCUUUUCCUGACACCACGUACAACGAAUUCCCCUCACAGCGGAGGCACGACCAAGUACCGGGUGUGGAGGGGAUUCAGUCGCAGCGCGCGAGACGUCAGCGCAGUUGCGCAGCCCUCUGGCCCUCGACCCGCCGUGAGUGUCGCCGUGAUGGAGAAGCUCACGCCUCGAGCAGCCCGGCCGGUGAGCCAGAAGGCGAGCACCCUCCCGUACUCGGCUGCCUCCGGUCCGCAGCCCGUCGGGGGGCGCCGGCACCGAGGCUUCGGAGCUUUCCUGAGGAGAAUUAGUCCGCGACUGAAGCGGACGCCGUCGCCGGAUCAGCCGUGGACCAAAGUGGAGCCGCACCACGCGGACCGCACCUCCGUCGCCUCCGACCACAGCUACGAGACGGCGAUGCAGAUCCGGCGCCGCCAGGAUCUCAUCCACAACGAUGGCUCCCAAGGGGGCCUCAGCAGCAAGCACACGACGCCCCUGGAGCCCAGCACCAAGAGUGAAAUCGGGCGAACGGGCAAAGGAGGGCUGAGUGGUUUCCUCACGUCCCUUAUCCCCGGAAGGACGUCCAAAGAAAAGAAAGCAAACAGUAAUCAAAGUCAUGAGAAGCCAGCAGAGCGCAGUGCUGAUAUCGGCAACAUUACUGAGAAUGAAAUCCAGGAACAGCACGAGCAGAAGCUUAUUGCGAACGAGCAGCGGCACAACGGCUCGGCUAACGCUCAGCACAAGCUCGUUACUAAGACGGCGCCUCACAACCUCCCAGCUACCAUCAUACCGGCCCCUCACAUGCACUCCAUUCAGGAUACACGGCCGACCUCUGACAUGACAACCAGUGUCAUUCCUCUUCAUACCAGUACUCGACCCACCGUCACGGCGCAGCGACCCCACACGCUAAACUUGGUCAACCGAAGCCAUUGCCGAGCGGGGUGGAAGGGCGGGACUUGGCCCCCCCUGCCGCCAUUGCCCCACCACCACUAUUAAUAAUAAUAAUAACAGCCACCAUUUUAACAACAAUCAUACGAGCCUUUUAUCCUCCACCUUACACCCACUGGCAUCUAUGGCUCAGCCGCUCUCAACACAGACCACUUCCGUGGACAGCAUAGGUUCCUGCUCGCUGGAUGUUAAUGCCACGGGCACUACCUCGCCAGCGACAUUGGAAGCUGUCGAUGGAUCUCGGCGGAGUCUUCGUAGUGUCAGUUUGGAGAACAACCUCUCAAGUGUAACAGCGACAGGUGCAAAUAAAGUCACAACUCCUGUUAGACCAAUUUUGAAACCACAGCCGUUUACUGAUCCAGGUGUACUACACGUACCAGGAGACGCAAGCGACUCAAAUUACAAAACCCCAUCAUAUUUGGGUAUAUCCUGUGCUGUUAAUGGUUAUAGUCGACUAAAUAGAUAUGAUUCAACUCUUCGUGAUGGCUUCCGGUCCCGUGAUGCAAGUCCUGCUCGUCUAGCAUUUAGUCGGAGUAGAGAUUCUAGUCCUAUGCGCCCUGAGUGGAAGCUCUUUGAUUCUCGGACAAAGAUAUCACCUCAGGCUACUGCAGCAAAGAUUAAAGAGUUAAAAGAGGAGCUUGCUCGGUUUAAAGCAGAAUUUCCCCACCCACCAACUGAACGAGGUCGGCCAUCUUCGUCAAAGAGGCUUGGCAGGCGCCCCUCACAAGCACGGAGCGUUAGCGUUGAUCGAGGUUACCUUACCAAGGCAGACUCUGAAACAAUGAGCAAUCAGGGCAACACAUGCACCGAUGGGCCUCAUGUCCGCCUGGUUGAGAUCAGCAUGGAUGAUUCAAAUUCAAUGAAGUCAUCAAGCUAUCAGUAUUCUUUUGAGAAGUCUGUUGUAAGAGGUGGAGUAUGCGAGUCAAGUGAUAGUAUACACUGCUCUCAUACAAACGGGGAUGCCCACAGUACCAAAUCAUUUAUCCAGUCAAGAAUUGAACGACUUUAUGGACCAAGCGCUCUUGCAGCUGGUUUCCGUAGUCGAAGGUCUUUGUUGGAAUUAGAAAAAGAACAAAAAGAUAGACAAUCUGGUAUCGGACUUAAGAAUAUGGUGUUAACUUCCCAUUCAGAGAAUAACUUUGAACCAGAGGAUAAGGCACCAGAUGGUUUUCCUAGUGUAUUUAGACAUUUACGGCCAGAGUUUAGAACUCAGUUGCCAGUGAAACGAAAUAGUAGACUGAGACUGGAUACUUCCUUAGAAAUACCAAGUAUAAAUACAUCACUAGAGAUUGAAUCCCUUAGUAAGAGACCAGGAAGAGUCAUUCCCAUCACUAUAGAAGGCGAAGAACCAAUUCCUCCAGUCCCGUUACCACAAACGGAUACUUUAACAAGAAAGGAUGCUAGUCACACCUCUAAUAAAGACAUAAAGAAAGUGGAGCCGAAGAUUUUGGAGAACGGUAAUGCAGAAAAAACAAAGCCUCAGUUGAGCAAUGGCCCUUGUGUGAAUGGUAGUGCAGUUAAAGAAACCGAUAGUGUUAAGGAAGAUGACUUAGUAAAAAGAACUAACAAAGUGAAUGGUGUUGCGGAACCAUGUGAAGUGAUUAAAACUUCAAGCAGUCCUGCUAAAUUGGAAAAAGAUGGCCAUUACUUCUUGAAGCUGUCAUGGGCAGACACUGUGGAUGGGUCUGGUAAGAAUGUUAUGACAGGCCAGGCACAAAAGAAGCCUGCUCCAAGACCAGCAAGAGCAGCUAAGUCUACUAAAAGUGGUGCAAAAACGCCAUGAAGGAAGCCAUGAAAGCUAAAAAGGCAGAGGCAGAAGCAAAGAAAGCAAGUGAUGGAGAUACUGUGGAGAUAUUCGUCCCAGAAGACAAGUAGAAAAAGGGUGUUGUGGGGACCCCAGUGUUGAAUCUUGUUAGCAAGGGAUGUUUAUAUAUAUAUAUAAAGAAUUUUUUAAAGUUAAUUCCAUCACAGUUGAUGAAAUGGAAUGGUGAUAUUAAAGACAUGAUAUAACUUCUGCUUUAAUGGCUUUAAAACUAACUGACAAAUCUGGCAAGAUAAUGUAAUGGAAGAUGAGACUGUGUACUAAUUAGGUGAUGGGUCCAGGAGGAACAUGGACAAAUCUAUCUUUAUUAUAAAGAUCAAGCUUGAAAUGGUUCUUUUGAUGAUUGUGAUGCAUUGGGCUAUUAAAAUGUAGUAGGUGUAUAGCACUGGAAUCAUUAUGAAUAGAAAUUUGCUAAUGUAAAAUGAAUAACCCCAAAAAUAAAAUUUAUAUAUAACUUCGUAAGUAGAUAAGGUACAGUUUUGUUAUAGUACUCAAUUUUUACACAAAUGCUGGUUGGCUGAGUGUACCUGAAUUUGUUUUUAGUUUGAGGGAUUAUACAUAGGAAACCUGAAUUUUUAUAUGUUUAAUUAUGUACUAUGUAUAGGACAAGUAGUACACCAGUUUUAAAAACUUGUCUCUGUGGAUAUACAGGAGGGGUUCAGAUGUAAAGUAUCAGGAUGUUACCUAGUUUUUAAGAAAACAUUUAUCUUUUUGUGCAACUGGACUGUUAUUUGAUUAUACUAGCUGCUGAGUAUGCAUAAAACUGCAAUGAAAACCAAAAUAUUUUUAAAUUCUAGCAGAUAUAGACAUUGCAUGCCUUUUCAACAAGUAAUCAUCAUAAAAGUAAGUUCCAUUCUAUACAUAGUUAAGAGUUUUCCAGCUUUUAUACAUGAGUACAGCUCACAGGUUAAUAGGUGUUAUAUUUAGGUUAUUUGGAUUUGCAUCUGCUUAUUGGUUGAAAUUCUUCAAGAGCAGCAUCCAAGCUCAGAAGCUGAAAAUGUAGAAAGCUGCAAAAGAAUACUAGAUAUGUCCAAAUUCAUCAUUGUAAUCUUAAUCCGGACCUUAUCGUUCAAGUCAUUUUGUGUAUUUUUUCUGUUUUCUCUAUUUGUCACCACAGUUAGUUUGUGUCUUUUGUUUGCAUUAGUACUUAUACAAAUAAUUCUUGUCAGGAUACUUGGAUUUGCACACCCACAACAGUGAACAUGCAUUAUGUUGAGACAUUGUUUGUUUCUGGUUAUCACUGCUUAGAAUGAUAGGCAUUUACAGUUUACCUCUUAGGUAUCUCUGCUAACAUGAUCUUCCCAGACCAUUCCUGGCAACACACUUGAUCUGCAAGGACUUUUGUAAAUGCCAUUCACACAUCUUGCUCUUUGAUUCAGCACCAUGUCAUCUAUAUUGUCCAAGGUUAAGCUAUAGUUCAGCUUUCAUUUCCCCUCUGUAACCUGCUUCUGUUGGCAACAACUUGCACCUCUUUAAUUUGGCUGCACAUUCGAUCUGUCAGUGUAUCAUCACUGAUAUUAAUUUUGUUAUUAUGUAUGGCAUUUUGGCUAUGUUAAAGGCACAAGUAAUUUUUUAAAUGUUCUCUAACGUUGCCAGCCCUCAUUUUCUAUAAUCAACUUUAAAGUAGUUAUGGUAGUUGUAGUUUUUUUAUUUAUUCAUUCAUGUGUUAUUAUAGUGUAUAUUUGUUUCAACGAAUUACUUCAUUGUAAUUUUUUAUAGGGUGGUUUAGUAUUACUUAGCAUGACUUUUUUAUAGACUUUAUUUACAGUAUGGUCAUAAGAUUAAUAUGGAGAGUUGAGGAAAAAAAGAAGAUAUUGCAAGAAAUAUGUCAAAAGUAUUCAUUGAGCAACAAACCAAGUAUGCUGUUUGACC